AUGGCACAAGGCGCAGGCAAGAAAUCAGGCGGCAAGUCCGUAUCCGGCGGAGCAGCCAAGAAGAAGUCGGGCGUGACGCGUCCAGGGAGGUUUGUGGUGCCGCCCAAGACGGUGGGCAAGAUUGUGGCCAAGGCGCAAGAGAAGAAACUCUCGAGUAAAAUCAACGACUCGAUUGAGAAGCAGAUGGUGCAAGCUGCGUCGAGCGGGAAGUUGACAAUCAUGAAGGGCAAGACGGAUCUGAGACCUGGAGAAGGCAAGAGCAAAGCAGGCGGUGCAAAACCCCCCAAGCCAGAAAAGAUCGCCCGGAAGAACUUGAACCAUCACACACGGAGCGGAUGA